CCUUCACUUCAUUCUUCAUAAAGUAAUUUUUUUAAGCACUUCCAAAGUUAGCCCAAGCCUUCACUUCAUUCUUCAUAAGUAAUUUUUUUUCCGAGUACAGUCAUUUACGUCGCCUUCCCCGCCCCUCCCGGACAAUUUCUGUUUCAGCCCCUACGAUUUAUAAAUAAGAGAGUAGACGCCACAUCCCUACCCACAGCGAUUUAGAAAAUUCUUCGUCUCUUCGCUAUCAAUGUUUCUUACAGGCAUUCUAGCGAACGUUAUUCGGAUGCUAGUGAUCAAUUCUCAAGUAGUGCAUAAUGUGGCAUGGCUGAACUCAAACUGAAAUAAACAAUCACCAACACCCGCCAUGGUCUCCUACCUGGUGAAGCCCGCUAUAGAGCAUCAGUUUCGGUGGUUCAGUAAAAGCUACAACUCAUGGGCUUCCGCCAUAAGAAAUGCUGCUUCUCCUUACAAAGCCUUGCACCUGUACACACAAAUGCAACGCCAGGGCGUCCCUUUCGAUAGCUUCACCAUCUUAUUCACACUAAAGUCCUGUACCCAUUUAGAGAAUCUCACCCUUGUCCGUCAUCUUCACGCUCAUUUACUCAAGCUUGGGUUUAACUCUCACGUUUACGUUGCUACAUCGCUACUCUAUGCAUAUGUUAUUGGUACCUUCCAUGAUGCACGUCUCUUGUUCGAUGAAAUGCCCGAGAAAAACACUGUCACCUGGAAUACGAUGAUCACCGGCUACUCCAAGGCCGGUAAUGUCGAAAAGGCUCGUUCCCUCUUCGAAACCAUGCCUGUUAGGGACCUUGCAUCGUGGUCUGCCAUGAUUGCUGGUUACAUUAACUCUGGCAAUUGGGACCAAGGACUAACACUAUUUCGAGAAAUGAUGGUAAACGAGCCAUUGAAACCUGACCAGGUGACCUUAGGGUCGAUUUUAUCUGGGUGUGCUCACAUGGGCUCUCUUGGGUUGUUGGUGGGCAAAUCAAUACAUGGUUUUACAGUGAAGAACGGAUGGGAACUGAAUGUGGAACUUGGAACAGUUCUGAUUGACAUGUAUGCUAAGUGUGGAUUCUUAAAAAAUGCAUGUCGAAUCUUUGUGAAGAUGCCGGAGAAGAACGUUUUAUCCUGGAGUGCGAUGAUCUGUGGGUUGGCCCAACAUGGAUACGGUGAAGAGGCACUCUCCUUAUUUGAGGAAAUGAAAGCAGCAGGCAUCAAACCCAAUGAGAUCACAUUUACAGGGAUUUUUAGUGCAUGUACCCGUGCGGGUCUGGUUGAUGAAGGCAAGAAAUAUUUCAAAGACAUGAUUGAGGAGUAUGGCUUGGAGCCAAGGAUUCAACACUAUGGAUGCAUGGUUGAUCUAUUAGGUAAAGCAGGGAGGCUGGAAGAAGCUUAUGAGGUGAUCAAGACAAUGAGACUUCAACCCAAUGUUAUAGUAUGGAGUUCUCUUUUAGCGGCUUGUAAGAUGCAUAAGAAAUUUGAGUUGGCUGAGAAAGUGAUCGAACAGGUUAUGCAGGUUGUGAAGCCAGAUAAUGAUGGAGGUGUUUAUACUCUAAUAUCCGAUUUAUAUGUUUUGAAUGAUAAGUGGGAUGAUGCAGAACGGGUCAGGAAAUUGAUGCUCAACCAAAAUGUGAAGAAGGUCCGAGGAUCUAGUUUCAUUAGAAAUGGAGCAAUGUAGGCAUUCAUCAUUUCGGUCUCUUCACUGAAGCAAUUCAUGAACUUUAAUUGGCAACUGCCAGACAAACCUACAACCCAAGCAGAUGGUUCUUGGUCACAACAUUGUAAUCUAAACUCCCAAAGAGCUGUCAUGAAUGAUGAAUCAUUUAUGGACUAAGCUGGAAAUUGGGCACACCUUGACUACAGUUACUACCUUUCAUUCUCUUUGGUAGAGGUAGAAGGCAGCCUUUGAAAUUGCAGAGAUUAAGGAAUUUGUACUUGUAGGCUCUUUUUGUUAAGUGAGGAAGAAAGAAAUAAAAUUCUUUUCAACCCAUUUAUUUCUUGGAGGCAUUCACAUGAAAAAAGUGGCCUCUCA